GGAGCAGAAGAAGGACGGUGAUCUGGAGAAUGCAUUGGCUCAUGGGAGAUACCUUGAGGCUGCUCUGAAUUCCAAGGCUGCUGCACACACCAAGCUGCUGUCUGAGACGAAGAGGCUGAACAAUAAAAUCACUGACCUGCAGAGCCAACUAGAAAAGAAAAUAGGCCACUGUCAGGAGCUGGAGCGAACUCUGGACAGGGAGCGGGAGGGUUGGCAGCAGAAAUGCAGUCAGAAGGAGCAGGAGCAGCAGAAAAUGAGAAGUCAGCUGCAAGAAUAUCAGGACCUGCUCGGUGACCAGUUAGCUCUUGAUGUGGAGAUCAAUACUUACAGGAAGAUGCUGGAGGUGGAGGAACAGCGGUUGAUGCUGUGCCCCAGCCCCUCCCAGCACAAUGGCCUACCUCAGAGCAGAUGAACACAGCAGAAGAGAAAAAAACAGAAAUGUGAGGUAGCCCCUGGCUGGCUGUCUGUCAUGCAUGAAUUAUUAAA